AUGUCGCUGGCGAUGACGUCCCCCGUCACCAUGAAAUUGAACGCGCAGAGCGCCCCCUUUGCCCAGAGGAGACAGAUGAGUGCUUCCGUGUCUCGGUCGCGCACGGUGACCAUGGCAGCUGCCUCAACCUUUCAGAGCACCAAGGCCCCGGCCACGCUGAAGGCCGCCAACCAGCUCGAGGCCCUGAAGCAGAUGAGCAAGGUGGUGGCCGACACCGGCGAGGUGGAUGCCAUCCGCCGGUACAAGCCCUUCGACUGCACCACCAACCCCAGCCUGGUGUACAAGGCCAUGCAGCUGCCAGAGUACGAGCCGUACCUGCGCGACGCCAUCGCCGCCGAGAAGGAGUCGCACAAGGGUGCCCGCCCCUACGCCUACAUCGCCGACCGCCUGGCGGUCAACAUUGGCGCCGAGCUGUCCAAGCUGGUGCCAGGGCGGGUCUCCACCGAGGUGGAUGCGCACCUGAGCUUCGACACCCAGGCCACGGUGGACAAGGCUCUGCGCCUGAUCGACCUCUACGCCGCCAAGGGCGUGGACCCCUCCAAGAUUUACAUCAAGGUGGCCUCCACCUGGGAGGGCAUUCGCGCCUGUGAGGUGCUGCAAAAGCAGGGCAUCAGCACCAACAUGACCCUCAUCUUCUCCUUCGCGCAAGCCGGGGCAUGCGCCGACGCGGGCGCUUCCCUGAUCUCCCCCUUCGUGGGUCGCAUCCUGGACUGGUACAAGAAGGCAAAUGGGCACGACUAUGCGCCUCACGAGGACCCGGGUGUGGAAAGCGUGAAGCGCAUCUACUCCUACUACAAGCAGUACGGGUACGACACCAUCGUCAUGGCCGCCUCCUUCCGCAACAUCGGCGAGAUCCGGGAGCUGGCAGGGUGCGACAACAUCACCAUCUCCCCCGCCCUGCUCGCCGAGCUGGAGGCCUCCACCGACCCCCUGCCCUACGCGCUGUGGCCCACCCAGGGCGGCUCCACCGACCCCCACUACGACCUGUCGGGCAAGGCGGAGGGCACCUUCCUGCAGAUGCAUGGCGAGGACCAGAUGGCGCUCGACAAGCUGGCAGAGGGCAUCAAGGGUUUUGCCGCCGACCAGGACAAGCUGGAGGUGCAGAUUGCCAAGGCCAUGGGCGCCUGA